UCCCUCAACCCUCUCAUUGACUCUCAGUUUCCAAUCUUAUAUUGUCUUCUUCUUCGUAGUAAAACUUUAGCUUGUCCACACACACAAUGGACAAGGAGUUACAAGAAAGCUACUCGGACUUUGUGCACCAAGCUCAGGCUCCGGAGUCUAGUGUCGAGAUGGUGGACUACAUGCUCAGCAACCAUCCUCCGCCGCCGCAGCACCAGAUAUCCCUUGACAGGCUCAGCUUCGCCGACAUCAUGCAGUUCGCAGACUUUGGCCCGAAGCUCGGCCUCAACCAGUCGAAAAACCUGUCCGAGGACGAUAACUACUUGUUGAGAUCGUUCAACUUGAUGAACGAGAAGCAGACGCAUGGAGAAGAGGGACCUUCCAUGAUUAAUUCCCUUCCUCCGCCGCAACCUCAGAUGCUUCUGCAGGAUGAGGAGGAGGAGGAAGAAGGGAGGAGGUUAUCCGAGAUGCAAGAACAGCUAGGGUUUAGUGGUGGCCAGAAGAUUGGUGGGAACAAUUUAGAGGUGAAGAAUAAGAGGAAGAGGGCGAGAGCGAUGAAGACGAGCGAGGAGGUGGAGAGCCAGAGGAUGACGCAUAUCGCGGUGGAGAGGAAUCGGAGAAGGCAGAUGAAUGAGCAUCUCCGUGUGUUGAGGUCUCUCAUGCCGGGAUCUUACGUUCAAAGGGGAGAUCAAGCUUCAAUAAUCGGAGGAGCCAUAGAAUUCGUGCGAGAACUAGAGCAACUCCUGCAAUGCUUAGAAUCACAAAAAAGACGAAGAUUCUUCGGAGGCAACGAACCUCCAAGAAACCCCGCUGAAGCUCCUCCCUUGCUUCCUCCUCCUUCACAACCCUUCUUCCCACCUCUCGCUCUUCCUUGCUCAGACAACGACACCAUGAGAAUCCUCGAUCUCGACCCCAACCUUCAAGAGGACAUGGCUGAGAACAAGUCCGUCCUUGCCAAUAUCGAAGUCAGGGUUCUUGGGUUCGAUGCGCUGAUCAAGAUAUUGUCUCGUAGGAGGCCUCAGCAGCUUAUUAAGACCAUUGCUGCGCUUGAGGACAUGCAGUUUAGUAUACUGCAUACUAACAUAACCACUAUUGAGCAGACUGUGCUAUACUCUUUUAAUGUCAAGAUUACGGGUGAAACGAGCUGCAGUGCAGAAGAUAUUGUGAAUUCGGUGCACCAGAUACUUAGCUUCAUUGAUACGAGCACAAUUUGAUGCAAUAAUGUAAUUUUACCAUGAUUGAAUUUUUUUUUUUUUAAUUUGGAUUUGAA